AUGUCGCCUCCCUCUGCCACUGAGACACUCUACCCAACCAAUGGUGACCAUGUCCCUUCGAAUGAGGCACCUUUGGAGCCUGGCAUAUCUAAGAGUCGAGCUAUGGCGCAGCAAAUCAAGUUCCCGGAGCCUCCUAGCUUCACUAAUAAAUACGAGGAACGCCAUUAUCUCAAGGGCCGUCUUGCAGCGGCUUUUAGAAUCUUUGGCAAAUACGGAUUUGAUGAGGGUGUAGCAGGCCACAUCACUCUCAGAGACCCUGUGGAUCCGUCGACUUUCUGGGUCAAUCCGUUUGGUGUCGCAUUUUCGUUGAUCAAACGAAGCGAUUUGAUUCAGGUGAAUCAUCAUGGGGAAGUUAUCGACGGGGGCAAGACAAAAUUGCUCAACACUGCGGCAUUUAUGAUACAUGGAGCAAUACAUCAUGCCAGACCUGAUGUCCUGUGUGCUGAUAGCUGUGCAUUCUAUGAUGACAUCGCCCAUUACUCAUCUUUCAACGGGAUCGUCCUCGCCGAUACGGAAGGCAAAGAAAUCGCGCGGGCUUUAGGCGGCAAGAAAGCAGCAUUGUUGCAGAACCACGGCCUUUUGACAGUCGGAGAUACCAUUGAAGGGGCAGUCUUCUGGUUUGUGAGCUUGGAAAAAUGCUGUCACGCUCAGCUCAUGGCGGAUGCUGCGGCCGGGGGAAGAGGCCAUCAGACAGUGAAAAUCGACGACGAGGACGCCGCUUUCACAUACAAGACUGUUGGAACCCCAAGAGCAGGCUGGUUCAGUGCGAAACCACUUUUUGACGUCGUUGCGAGGGAGUACAAUGAGGAUUUUUUGGACUAA